AUGGAGUCCAUCGAGCAACCAUUUGACAGUAUAACUCGCAUUAAUGCGGAGAUGCCUGAUACCACAAAUGAUAAGGCAGGAUUGAUUGAAACCAACAGCCCCUCUCAACGGUUAUUUAAUGGUGACAGUCCUAAAGCUGAGAGCUCUCCUCUACAUGAAGCAAAGAGCACUAACAGUAUAUUACAUGGCCCCCAAAACAGAGGACUACGUAUAAUCAUAAUAUCCUCAGUGGUGUUUGCUUUAGCUGUUACAGUGGCCCUCAUUUUCACUAUCUACUUGGAGCCAAAGCAAGUCCAUGGUCAUGCAGCUGUUUCCUGUGAGGAUAUUCGCUGUAGCGACAUCGGACUUCAGAUACUUGAAGAUGGAGGAAACGCUGUAGAUGCUACAGUAGCUACUGCCUUUUGCCUAGGUGUGGUGAACCCUGCCCAUUCAGGCAUUGGAGGAGGUGGAUUUGCUAUUGUCCAUGAUCACAAGCUUCAGAAGUCAGUGGGCUACAACUUCAGGGAAACAGCACCAACAAGCAGCCAGGAACCACAUCAGGAAAGCUCGAAGGUGGGAGUACCUGGAAUGGUGAAAGGAUUGGCACAAAUGCAUAAAAUGCAUGGAAAGCUACCCUGGAAGGACUUGUUGCAGCCAGCAAUAAAGUUAGCCUAUGAGUUCACUGUUUCCGAGGAACUGGCAAGAGCUUUGAGGUCAACCGACCUUGCAUUGUUCAGACAAUCCAACCUAAAAGAUUUGUUCCUGAUUGAUGGUGACUUUAAGGAUGUUAAUGACUCUAUAAGAUGGCCCAGUUUGGCUGCCACAUUGAAAAUGAUUCAGAACAACCCAGACAGUCUCUACACAGGGAGCCUAAAUGACAUGUUUGUAAAUGAGUAUUUGUCCUCCAUCAUUAUAUCUUCGGAUGACUUGAAAAAUUACAGUGUGGGGCAACCAGAAACUCUAAGAACAAAAUUUAAAGAACUGACUGUUGUUGGACUACCUCCUCCUGCCAGCGGUGCACUGACAGCGCUGAUGUUGAACAUGAUAGAUAAGCUGAGCUGGAAGGAGAACCAGGGCAACGACAGCUUGGUCUACCAUCAGCUCAUAGAGGUUUACAAGUUUGCAUAUGCACACAAAAGCUUUUUGGGUGACCCAGCCUUCAAUGUGAAUAUGGACAAUGUGACAGCACAUUUGAUUAGCCCAGAGUUGGCAGCAGAGCUGGUCGCAAAGAUCAAUGAUAAUACUACCUUAUUCAACAUUUCUGAGUAUGGCACAUCUCAAUUCUUUCCCAGCAGCAGCGCUGGGAUGUCCCAUAUUUCAGUUAUUGAUUCCUCUGAGCUGAUGGUCUCUGUCACAUUGGGGAUCAACUCUCAGUUUGGGAGUAAAAUAUUGCUUGCUGAAACAGGCAUACUGCUCAAUAAUGCUCUAGAGGAUUUUAAUGAUUUUACUGAAUCUCCAAAUACCUAUGAGCCUGGAAAGAGCUCCCUGUCCAGCAUGAGCCCAAUGAUAAUGUUCCACUCAGAACAUCCAUGUGCUCACAGGCUGAUCAUUGGGGCCUCGAAUGGGGAAAAAAUUCUCACAGGUAUCGUCGAGACUGUGGUCAACUCUGUGGUGUUUAAAAUGAGUCUGGCUGAUGCUGGUGCAGCUCCAAGGGUGCAUGACCAACUGGUUCCAAACGUAACAUAUUGUGAGG